AUGGUGUGCUUGAACUUUGGUGUCAUUACCCUGAUCCCCAAAAUAGUGGUCGAGAAUCCGGAUGGUGAAGAGCCCCGCGCCUCUCCCCCACACAGGCAGCACAUUUGUCGAAGUGGAGGCUGUCGUGGAACGUGGCCGGCGGGCUUCGAGCUAAGCCUGGCGCUCUUCGCCCUCGUCGGCGCCGUCUGCUACUACACCGGCACGCUCAUAGCGCUCUGCAUGCGCGCCGACGGCUCCGUCGCCACCUACCCGGACGUCGGCCAGCUGGCCUUCGGCGCCGCCGGCCGGAGAACCGUCGCCGUGUUCAUGUACGUGGAGCUCUACCUCGUCGCCAUCAGCUUCCUGGUCCUCGAGGGCGACAACCUCGACAAGCUCUUCCCCGGCGCCGGCGUGGAGCUGCUCGUCGCGUCUGCGGCCUUGACGGCGUCGCUUGUGUGGGCCGGCGUCUCUGAGUCCGGGUUCGGCGGGAGCGGCAACGUCCUCAACCUCGCCGGCCUGCCCACCUCCCUCGGCCUCUACUUCGUCUGCUUCACCGGCCACGCCGUCUUUCCCACGAUAUACUCGUCCAUGAAGAACCGCGAGCGCUUCUCCCAAGUGCUGCACUUCUCCUCGGUGCUCUGCAGCCUCAACUACGGGCUCACGGCGGUGCUGGACUACCUCAUCUACGGAGACAACGUGCAGUCGCAGGUGACGCUCGACCUGCCAUCAGGGAGGCUCUACACCAAGAUCGCCAUCGUCAUGACCCUCGUCAACCCGCUGACCAAGUACGCGCUGCUCGUCGCGCCCAUCACGUCGGCGAUCGAGGAGACGUUCUCGCUCGUGGGGAGUGGGUCGGCGAGGGUGGCCGUUAGCACCGCCCUUCUCGUGAGCACGGUCGCAGUGGCGUCCAUGGUGCCGUUCUUCGGGUUCCUCAUGUCCUUCAUCGGUUCCUUCCUCAGCGUCAUAGCCACAGUCUUCUUCCCCUGCCUCUGCUACCUCAAGAUCUACAGAGCCAAAGGCCUACGCCGGGUCGAGGUCGCGGCAAUCGUGGCCAUCCUGCUGCUAGGGGCGUUCGUUGCCAUCACUGGCACCUACACUUCUUUGUUGGACAUCAUAGGCACUUUCUGA